AUCUCUCCCACCACUGUUUGUAUAUUAUCUCAUCAGUAUCCUGGUGUCUCGGUUAUUCUCCUGCAACAGCAACAGUUGGUGGAUUAUUAUUAUUCGUCUGAACCGGUGAAUAACUCCCGUUAAUAAGACGGUAAACAACAUGAGUGUGGAGGCGUACGGGCCGAGCUCUCAGACUCUAACGUUCCUGGACACGGAGGAAGCGGAGCUGCUGGGAGGAGGAGCGGACACUCAGGGAUCCGAGUACGACUUCACCGACUUCACCCUGCCGAGCCAGACCCAGACACAGACCCAGACCCAAGGCCACACCCAGAGCCAGCUAGACCACCAGGUCAAUGGCCCUGACGGCUUGCUACAGAAUGGAGAUGACCCUGUGGUAAAAGCCAGUCAGCUGCUUGCAGAGUUGAACUUUGAGGAGGAUGAGGAGGAUACCUACUACACCAAGGAUCUUCCUCUACAUGCCUGCAGUUACUGUGGUAUUCACGAUCCAGCCUGUGUCGUCUACUGCAAUACCAGCAAGAAGUGGUUUUGCAAUGGCCGUGGAAACACAUCCGGCAGCCACAUUGUAAACCACCUGGUGAGAGCAAAGUCCAAGGAGGUGACCCUGCAUAAAGACGGCCCUCUGGGGGAAACAGUACUGGAGUGUUAUAACUGUGGCUGUCGCAACGUCUUCCUUCUGGGCUUCAUCCCCGCCAAAGCCGACUCAGUAGUGGUGUUACUGUGCAGGCAGCCAUGUGCCAGUCAGAGCAGCCUGAAGGACAUCAACUGGGACAGCUCACAGUGGCAGCCUCUCAUCCAGGAUCGCUGCUUCCUGUCCUGGCUGGUGAAAAUCCCGUCAGAGCAGGAGCAGCUCAGGGCUCGUCAGAUCACCGCCCAGCAGAUCAACAAGCUGGAGGAGCUCUGGAAGGAAAAUCCCACUGCGACCUUGGAGGACUUGGAGAAGCCUGGUGUGGACGAGGAGCCCCAACAUGUGCUGCUCCGCUAUGAGGACGCCUACCAGUACCAGAACAUCUUUGGUCCUCUUGUGAAGCUGGAGGCUGACUAUGACAAGAAACUCAAAGAGUCUCAGACUCAAGACAACAUUACAGUCAGAUGGGACUUGGGUCUAAAUAAAAAGAGGAUUGCUUAUUUCACUCUUCCCAAGACAGACUCGGAUAUGCGACUGAUGCAGGGAGAUGAAAUUUGCCUGAGGUACAAAGGAGACCUGGCCCCUCCCUGGAAAGGCAUUGGACAUGUCAUCAAAGUCCCUGAUAACUAUGGUGAUGAAAUUGCCAUAGAGCUAAGGAGCAGUGCCGGGGCUCCAGUGGAGAUCCCACACAACUUUCAGGUGGACUUUGUGUGGAAGUCCACUUCCUUUGACAGGAUGCAGAGCGCCCUGAAGACGUUUGCUGUGGAUGAGACUUCAGUGUCUGGUUACAUCUACCACAAGCUGCUGGGACACGAGGUAGAGGACGUGGUCAUCAAGUGCCAGCUGCCCAAACGCUUCACCGCUCAAGGCCUGCCUGACCUCAACCACUCACAGGUGUAUGCUGUGAAGACAGUGCUGCAGCGUCCUCUCAGUCUGAUCCAGGGUCCUCCUGGAACAGGGAAGACGGUAACCUCUGCCACCAUCGUCUACCACCUGGCCAGACAGGGCAACGGGCCGGUGCUGGUGUGUGCUCCCAGUAACAUUGCUGUCGACCAGCUGACAGAGAAGAUCCACCAGACAGGUCUCAAGGUUGUGAGGCUGUGUGCCAAGAGCAGGGAGGCCAUCGACUCGCCUGUGUCCUUCCUGGCUCUGCACAACCAGACCCGUAACAUGGACAGUAUGCCAGAACUUCAGAAGCUCCAGCAGCUGAAGGACGAGACUGGAGAGCUGUCCUCCUCAGACGAGAAGCGCUACAGAGCUCUGAGACGCACCGCUGAAAGGGAGCUGCUUAUGAAUGCCGAUGUGAUCUGCUCUACCUGUGUUGGGGCGGGGGAUCCUCGUCUGGCCAAGAUGCAGUUCCGCUCAAUCCUGAUUGAUGAGAGCACCCAGGCCACCGAACCAGAGUGCAUGGUGCCUGUCGUCCUGGGGGCCAAACAGUUGAUUCUGGUGGGUGAUCACUGCCAGCUGGGCCCUGUGGUGAUGUGUAAGAAGGCAGCUAAAGCAGGUCUGUCCCAGUCUCUGUUUGAGCGUCUGGUGGUUUUGGGGAUCCGGCCAAUCCGUCUGCAGGUCCAAUACCGCAUGCACCCGGCCCUCAGCGCCUUCCCCUCCAACAUCUUCUAUGAGGGCUCGCUGCAGAACGGAGUCACUGCUGCGGACCGUGUGAGGAAAGGCUUUGACUUCCAGUGGCCGCAGCCUGACAAGCCAAUGUACUUUUAUGUCACCCAAGGCCAAGAGGAAAUAGCCAGCUCUGGAACAUCCUAUCUCAACAGGACUGAGGCAGCCAAUGUGGAGAAAAUAACCACAAGGUUGCUGAAGGCCGGAGCAAAACCCAAUCAGAUUGGCAUCAUUACCCCCUACGAGGGACAGCGGUCCUACCUGGUCCAGUACAUGCAGUUCAGUGGCUCCCUCCAUACCAAACUCUACCAGGAGGUGGAAAUAGCCAGUGUGGAUGCCUUUCAAGGCAGAGAGAAGGACUUCAUCAUCCUGUCCUGUGUGAGGGCCAAUGAGCACCAGGGCAUCGGCUUCCUCAAUGAUCCCAGACGUCUCAAUGUGGCGCUCACUAGGGCCAGGUAUGGUGUGAUUAUUGUGGGAAACCCCAAGGCCCUGUCCAAGCAGCCUCUGUGGAACCACCUGUUGAACUACUACAAGGAGCAGAAGGUCCUGGUCGAAGGGCCCCUUAACAACCUGAGGGAGAGCCUCAUGCAAUUCAGCAAGCCCCGCAAGCUUGUCAACACCAUCAACCCUGGGGGUCGAUUCAUGAGCACAGCCAUGUAUGAUGCCAGGGAGGCCCUCAUUCCUGGAUCUGUUUAUGAUCGCAGCAGCAACGGACGUUCGUCCAACAUGUAUUUCCAGACCCAUGACCAGAUCGGUAUGAUCGGCACAGGCCCCGGUCCCAUGACUUCCCUGAACAUCCCCAUCCCCUUCAACCUUGUGAUGCCCCCCAUACCUCCACCCGGGUACAUGGGACAGCUCAAUGGACCCUCAGCAGGUCGCGGUGGAGGUAUGAAAGGCAAGGCAGGCGGUGGAGGAGGCGGCGGGACUCGAGGUGGGCGCCAAAGAAAUCGCGGCAACAUGGGGAACCACAGCGGAGGGAAUGGAGGAGGAGACCGGCAUGGAGGCCACAUGAGCGGCAGCCAGGCCAGCCAGGACCUGGGCUCCCAGCCCUUCUCUCAGGGGCCUCUGACGCAGGGCUACAUCAACAUGAGCCAGCCGUCCCAGAUGAGCCAGCCUGGCCUUUCCCAGCCUGAACUCUCACAGGACAGUUACCUAGGAGACGAAUUCAAGUCCCAGAUUGAUGUGGCUUUGUCCCAGGACUCCACCUACCAGGGGGAGCGGGCCUACCAACACGGAGUGACUGGACUGUCCCAGUACUAGACUGUUGCUGGAAAGGAGCUAGGCCUGUGUGAAGCUUAGUUCAAUGGUAUUUUAAUCUGGGUAAUAACAAAAAAGAACAAACAUGGAUACCCGUUUUCCACUGCUACAACCGAAGCACCACUGUGUGAAAGUAACAGGAGAGAGACCGUGAGAAACCAACCAAUCACAAGAGUGAGAGCAAAACUGGGAGUAGAGCUGGACAGGAAGAGAGCAAGAGACGAGGAGAGAAGGCACUGCUGCUCACACGCGAGGACAUGGCGAAGGAGAAAAGCUGUCGUUGUCGGAGCAGCGCAGUCGGAGAGGCGAGACCUUCGAUGGGUCAAGGAGGGUGGAAGGUCCGAACGAUUCUGGAGUGGGGGAUGGGGGGCGACUGUGUCAUCUUGUCCCUCGCGUGCCCCUGAACCCUCUGGGAUCUCCAGGCGGUAUGGUUGGGAAAUCUUGCUCCAAAAGCUGAGAAAGAUGGAGAAAAAGUUGUCUCACACAAAUGUCCUCCAAGCUAACUCAACAGGACGUCUUCUGUGACUUGGAGAGAGAGAGAGAGAGA